GUUCUUUUUCGCAGUUGUUCUUGAAUUCCAUCUUAGUCUUCGCUCGUGUUCAUGUCCAACAGCGACAUUAACAUUUUCACUUUCUUAACUUGAUGUGAGUCUAUACCAUUACCAAUACCACGUGCAAUCUUCAACUUGUGAGUGCAUCUUCUGCCACGAUUACAAAGAGCAUUGAACAGAAGUUAGACAAACGCCGGAAGUGACGCCAACCAUGGGAGAGCGCUACUUCGUGAACGUCGGCUCGUGGGCCAUUGAGGAGGACGAUUUGACGGAAUUGAUGACCGACAUUGUGCAGGAUCGAAAUGAGCGUGACAAGAUGAUGCGUUUUAUUUUUCUGGAAGACCGGCAGCGGGCCCUCGUAUCCUACUUGUUGAAGCGCAAGCUUGCAAGGGAUGCGAUUGCCCUGGAGAGGUGGCUCGACAGGCGUUUAGUCGCUGAAGAUAGUGAUGGGGGUAGUGCCGAUAACACCAUGUUCGUGAGUGGUCCCACUCCUGGUCAUCUAACCCGAGUUUUAGAACUUAUUGGGGAAUUCUAUAAAGCCCGGAGCUUAAUAUCUUCGACAUCAGCUUCCAGUUUAUGUCAUGCUGGAGCAGUUGUAGACGGGGAAUCUGCAGUAGAAGAACCAACAGCUUCCUCAUCCUCUGCGAGGCCACAGGUGGGUAGUGCUCUUGAGUCUUACACAAGAUGUGUGGAAGGUGCACCGUUUUCUGAGAUGAUUCGGAUCGAGCGUACGAGCUGGGGCAAGCCGUUUCUUGGGUACCCGCGUCUGAAGCACACCAAUUUUAAUUUCAACGUGAGCCAUGAAGGGGCCUUCGUCGCGGCUGCCAGUGACUACUUUGCGCUCGUAGGCGUCGACGUAGGGGCGCCAAAAUCAGCUCGCGCGCAGCGCACGCCCACUAGAAAGAUGAACCCUACCACUUCAUCUGCAGCUUCUUCUACUAAACGAGAAGAUGCACCAAACGGCGUGGCCUCUUCAACGGUGGAGUUAACGACGUCUAUGGAAGAUCUCGAACAGCUGCAGAGGGAUUUCGUAGGGUGUUUGACAGCACGCGAAUGGGGCUUAGUACAAAAAGCGACACUCUCGUCGGACACCAUGAGGCAGACGGCUGACACGGAAACAUACAACUGCUUUUUGCGUUUGUGGAGCCUCAAGGAAAGCUUCGUGAAAGCGCGUGGGGACGGCCUUGGUUUCGAUCUGAGUAAAUGCGAGUUCCACAUAGAUACAGAUGAAGAGGGGCCAACAUGGGAGAAGAUUCGGCUGUCGUUGGCAUGCAGUGUUGCAACAGCGGACAAUGGGCCACUGCCCAUUAAUGACGAACACCUGGAGGGAAGAAAGGAGUUCCCGCCGAAGGACACCGGCACCGUUCUCCGUGCUUCUGCUUCCGUUAAAACGGGUUCCAAAACAAGUGACUCAUUCCUCCCACAGACCGACUGGAAGUUUCGGCAAUCCAUCUUGAUGUCAGGCUCGCAAAAGCACUGGAUAUCCGUUGCACAGGGGCCGCUUCAUACUGUUCAGGAGGACAGUAAACAAGAUAUUGCUGGCAAGAGCAUCAAGUCAUGUUUUGUCCACACUUCUUUCACUGCUGAGCACUGGCGGAAAGUCCUUGCCUUAUCACCGCCGCCGUUUGUGGAGCUCAACGUUGCUGAGCUCAUCGAGUCUGCCAUCCCAGCGCACAUGUAAAGCGAGUUUCAGUGUCGAAGGACAUGAAAUACUAUAAUGUCUCGCCCCCAUUCCAAUGCCUCGCUUUUCACCUACCCCUCAUGCGAUCGAUAUUUCCUCAUAUUCGCUGCAAAGGCGAUUGUAGUUCUUGAAAAGAAGAUUGUGAUUGUCUAUACCCAAUUAUAGAGACGCAGACGUCGCUGUCGCAGCUCAUAUGCACC